ACACACCAUCACCACGUCCUCCUCCAACAGUGCCCCUUCUCUGCCUGCCACCACCACCACCGGGCCCACUACUAUCACCGCUACCACCCCCAUCACAUCUCUUAUACAGGAGGCAGGUAAAAGAUGGCCGCAGAUCGCUGGGUGGCGGUGACCACCUCUUUGCUGCUGGUUCCCCUCCUGUAUCUGCCGCCCUCAGUGUCUGCUGCUCGAAGGAGAGGUCGCCUUCAGUCGGGUUCCCAGUCCCCUACCACCCACCCGGUGCUUCUCAACCCCACAACACUUGGGAGAGUGAAUGGCACCAGCGAGAGCCAGCUGAACCAGCUUGACCACCUACUGGCAGAACUCCAACCUAUGACUAUCAACGAGGCAACCAGGCGCCAACUGCAGCCGAACCUGCAGCCGUACCUGCAGCAGAACCAGCAGCAGUACCUGCAGCCGUACCAGCAGCAGCGGUGUGUCUAUGGUGCAGGAUCACAAUACUGCCCACAGCCUUGUCUAAAUAUGCCUUGCCCACAACCUCCAGUCACACCUUGCCCACAAUAUCCAGUCACACCUUGCCCAUCAUGUCCAAUCACACCUUGCCCAGUAUGUCCAGACAGUGAUCCAACAGUUUGCCCACCUGGCCCGCAAGGUUUUCCAGGCUCUCCUGGACCCCCUUGCACAGGAAACCCCGGCCCCCCGGGACCCCCAGGACGAAGUAUCCCUGGGCCCCCAGGAUUGACUGGACCCCCUGGUGUAUGUACUGAUGGUGUUUGUCCAGACCAAGACUGUGACCACACGGACAUCAUGGAACGCAUCAUCAUCAUCAUGGCUGGCGGAGGUUGUUGUGACAAUCAGUGCUCGAAAGAGCCAGAGAAGUGCCCGUGGGAAAUCUCUCUCCUGGUCUCCAAAUACGUCUUGGUGAGGAAGCACGUUGAUCUCAUCUCUAAACUUGACACCAGGAUCGACCUACUGAUAGCUGCGAUACUCCGCAUGAGGGUUGCCAUUGACAGAGCUUAUGACAUGGUGGGUGAGCCAGGGAUUCCUGGAGAGGAAGGUGACCGUGGAGACAAAGGACACAAAGGUCCUGCAGGUGAACCCGGCCAGUGCCCCGAGGAGACGUGUUUUGUUGGACCAGCAGGUAGACCAGGUCCUAACGGCGAACCAGGUGAACCGGGACCUAAGGGCGAGUGCUGUUAUGGGAAGAGAGGACCUAAGGGACGCAAAGGACCACCUGGGAAGGGCACUCCAGGUCACCCAGGACCGCCAGGACUCAGAGGUGACAAAGGAGAUCCAGGACGAGCCACCUGGAACUUUGAUGCGGAUAUCCAUAGUCACCUGAGUAUAGAACAUAUCACUUCCCACAGUGGGUGAUCAACUUAAAACUCUUUGUACAUCACUGACUGUUGCUGCCACUACUGCAACAGUCUGAUGGUUGCUGCCACUACUGCAACAGUCUGAUGGUUGCUGCCACUACUGCAACAGUCUGAUGGUUGCUGCCACUACUGCAACAGUCUGAUGGUUGUUGCCACUACUGCAACAGUCUGAUUGUUGUUGCCACUGCCUUAGCCCUAUGUAAGCCCUACCAGCCCACUCCACACAAAAUGUAUGUAAUAAAUUAGGUUAUAAUAA